CCUGGGCUGGCUGUUCCUGCUGCUGCUGCCAGUGUCUCAGGUGCCAGGUGCCCGACCCUGCAUGCCCAAGGAUUUUGGGCACGGCUCGCCGGUCUGUGUCUGCGAUGCCACCUACUGUGACACGCUGGACCCCCUGGUCGUGCCAGCCCCCGGCUCCUACGUCAAAUACGAGAGCAGCAAGGCCGGGAAGAGGCUGGAGCGGAGCGAGGGGAAAUUCCAGAGCAGAAUGAGCACCCGAGGGAUCGAGUACAACCUCAUCCGGGUGCCCAUGGCGUGCAGCGACUUCUCCGUGCGCCCCUACAGCUACGAUGAUGUCCCCAUGGACUACGAGCUGAAGCACUUCAGGCUGGCGGACGAGGACGUGGAGAUGAAGAUUCCCCUCCUGCGCCGAGCUUUGGCCAUGAGCAAGCGGCCGCUGCUGCUGUUUGCCAGCCCCUGGACCGCCCCAGCCUGGAUGAAGAGCAACGGGGACGUCCGUGGGAAGGGGACUCUGAAGGGGAAGGCCGGGGACAAGUACCACAAGACCUGGGCCAACUACUUCAUCAAGUUCCUGGAUGAAUAUGCAAAACGCAACGUGACUUUCUGGGCGGUGACGGCCCAGAACGAGCCGCUGGCGGGGCUCUUCACGCCCCCCCAGGCCCCCACCAUCGCCUUCACUGCCGCCCAGCAGCGGGAUUUCAUCGCGCAGGACCUGGGCCCCGCGCUGGCCCGCAGUUCCCACCGCACACGGCUCCUGAUGCUCGACGACCAGCGCAUCCACCUGCCGCACUGGGCCAAAGUGGUGCUGGGAAAUGCCACAGCUGCCCGUUACGUGGCUGGCCUGGCCGUCCACUGGUACCUGGAUGCCAUCGUCCCACCUGCCUGGAGCCUGGAGGCCACCCACAAGCUCUUCCCUGACCAUUUCCUCCUCUACACUGAAGCCUGCACUGGCUUCUUCAUGUUCCGCUUCGCUGUGUCCCUGGGGUGCUGGGAGAGAGGAGACCACUACAGCUACAGCAUCCUGACGGUAAUGAACCACUUUGUGUCCGGUUGGACCGACUGGAACCUGGCCCUGGACCUGGGUGGAGGCCCCAACUGGGUCAAGAACUUUGUGGACAGCCCCAUCAUCGUGGAUGGCAGCAAGGAUGUUUUCUACAAGCAGCCCAUGUUCUACCACAUGGGGCACUUCAGCAAGUUCAUCCCCGAGGGCUCCCGGCGUGUGGGGCUGCACAGCAGCCGCCGCUGCCUCCUGUGCCAGCUGGAGCACGUGGCCGUCCUGCGCCCUGACGGUGCCCUCGUCCUGGUGGUCCUCAACAGGUUUGGCCGGGAUGUGCCCUUUGGAAUCCGGGACCCUGCCAUGGGCUUCAUUGAGACUGUGGCUCCAGCUCACUCCAUCCAGACCUACCUGUGGCGCCAGCAGUGACAGCCAGGGGACUGCUGGGGAACUCUGGGGGUCAACUCUUCCUCCACCCUUUCCAGCAUCCCUCAAGGGUGGAAGAAGAAGAUGGGAGUGCACGAGGGGGUUCUGUGUGCUCCUGGCACCGGGACCUGCUGCUCCCCAUCCUCCCCAUCCUCCCGGCACUUCCCAUCCCCCUGGAA